AAAAAGAAAAAAGAAAAAAAGAAAAAAGAAAAAACAAUCCUUUUUUGUUCCGAUUCCUCAACUACUCCCUCCAAUCCUCACAGUAACCUUAAACAGUACGCUUCAACAGCUCUCAAGUUCUUCAAAAUUUCUCUCUCUCUACUUUUCUAGGCUUGUUUUGUGCAUAAUAUUUUCUCGCUCUUUGCUAAAAAUAAAAUCCUUGAAACACUCCUGUUUUUCGCUUGGUUCUUGUUGAAGAUCAACACCUGGGUAUGGACCAAAAGGACGAGGAUUUCACAGGCAACAACGGACAACAAGAAAAACCCAAUAACAGUCCUACGGAGAUCCCACUGGCGGACCCACCGGACCCGAAUUUCCCACCACUAAAAGAAGAGCUCAUAGAAGACACUCACCAAGACGACCCGUCGUCCAACUCAAACGGCAAGCGCCUCCCAAUGAGCCUCGUCCAGGUCCCCAUAUCGACGGCGAUGGCAGCGGUGGCGAAGAGGCCCUCCAAGGACCGCCACACGAAGGUGGAAGGACGCGGGCGUAGGAUCCGGAUGCCGGCCACGUGUGCGGCCAGGAUCUUCCAGCUGACGAGGGAGCUUGGGCACAAGUCCGACGGGGAGACCAUCAAGUGGCUCCUAGAGCACGCGGAGCCGGCUAUCAUUGAAGCCACGGGGACUGGGACGGUGCCCGCUAUAGCGGUCUCCGUGGGCGGCACGCUGAAGAUUCCCACAACCUCUCCUGCCAACCCUGACGGCCAACAGGACCUCCCGAGGAAGCGGCGAAGAAGAGCAUCCAACAGCGAGUUUUCGGACGUGAAUGACGACAACGAGCACCGCCACGUUUCCGCAUCCGCCGGACUAGCACCAAUAGCACCAGCAGCCAUGGCGCAAGGGUUGCUCCCUAUGUGGCCCGUGGGGACUGCCGCCGGGGGUCCUUUCUUUAUGUUUCCUAAUGCUACUGGUGGGCCUAAUCACCCACAGCUCUGGGCUAUUCCGGCGGGUGCGGCGUCGUUUUUUAAUGUGCAAGCCAGACCCAUCUCUAAUUUCGUGUCAGCUAUGCAACCGGGGCUUCAAUUGGGCGACGAGCAGGGUUCUAUUUCCACUGCUGCCACGGCUUCGGGGAGUUGUUCUUCUUCGGCUAUGGCGCCGAGUUCGAGUUCGGGGACCAGUGGUGGUUCUGCUACUACUAAUACUGCCGGUACGACUCAGAUGCUUAGGGAUUUUUCUAUGGAGAUUUACGAGAAGAAGGAGCUUCAAUUCUUGGGUCGUCCUGGGAAUUCACAAACGCCACGUUCAAAGCCCUGAAGCUUCCUUGGCUCUUUUUUUUUUUUGUUAUACAGCCAUAUAUAGGGUUUAUUAGACUUUCAGGGUUUUUAGACUUUCUCGUGUAAUAAUAUGCAAGAGAAACGCCCUUUUCGUUAUUGACAUUUUACUCUACUCAUCAAGGCCUUUUGCCUUUUUUACC